CACCAUUUUAGCAAGGUUCAUCUCCUGGGCAACUAAAAGGUCUACGAAGACGCAUUACCCCCUAACGUCUCAACGCCCUCAGCAUCUCGGAUCUGUUAUCCAAAUUCGUCCUCAUCGAAAAUGAUCUCAGACUUCUCCUCUGUUCUUUCUGCCACUUUCGGGCAAACCAUCCCUCAUCCGGACCUCACCCUCAUUCGAGAACUCAAACGCAUCCAUCCGAACUCACAGAUCGUUGCUACGACGGAAGGCCGAGAUACUACUUUCCCUAUUUUGGAGUAUCUGGAAUCUAUCAAUAUCCGAGCAGAGAUCGUCAAAUCUGACAGUCAUGCUUCUUUCGAAUAUGACUCGUCGAAGGAGUUUCGGAAGGUUCUUCCAAUGAUUAUCGCAGGCAUUACCACGUUCACAUAUGUCCAAACCAAUUUCCAUGCCUACAAAGUGAUGUGGAAUUAUGCGAUGUCCAUGCAUUUCUUCUAUGCAUUCGUCUUUGAGGCAGACGAUGAUUCCCUGGGCCGACAACUGGCAUCAGAGGUGUACAAAUGGGCCGAAAAGCUCAAAGAGGAGAUCUGGGUGUACGAGGAAGGGAGAUGGGCCAAGAAUGAAGAUAUGUUUCGUGCAAUUCGAGCGGCAAGCUGGGAUGACGUUGUCUUGCACCCCUCAUUUAAGGAGGGUAUAAGAAGGGAUACAGAAACAUUUUUCAACAGUCAGGAGAUAUAUCGAUCACUGGGAAUAACAUGGAAACGAGGCAUUUUAUUACUAGGACCUCCAGGAAAUGGGAAGACAGAAUCAAUCAAGGCGCUCCUAAACGAAUUUCCGAAUGCAGCAUUGUAUGUUAAAUCAUUCAGCACCCCCUAUGGUCCUGAGUACGGCGUACGCGGCAUUUUCGAGAAAGCGCGCAAACAUGCACCCUGUAUUCUUGUUUUGGAGGAUUUGGAUUCGAUGGUCACAGACGAAGUUCGAAGUUUCUUCCUCAACGAGAUGGACGGCCUGGCUCAGAACGAGGGAAUACUGACCAUAGCUACCAGCAACCAUCCAGAGCGAAUUGACGAUGCUAUCUUGAAUCGACCGUCACGAUUCGAUGUGAAGUACGAUUACACGCUACCGGAUUUCGAGCUGCGACAGGCCUUUGCGUCCAAAUGGAUACGCAAGAUUGGAGGAUUGGGAUCUAUUGCUGGUGGUGGCAGCGGAGUCACGUUCACGAAUUCAUCAGCAGACCUUGUGAAGAAGUUGGCAGAGAAGACUGAAGGCUGGACUUUCGCGUUCUUGAAAGAACUUUUCAUUUCAUUUUUGCUACGCAUUGCACAUGAUAGCUCCCUUCGAAAGAGAGAGAAUUGUAGCCAUAUUGAGCAGCACUCACCAGAUGACGUCCUCAUGGACCAAGUCGACAAACUGUCUGCACAGAUUUUGCAUGUUCGGAAGGAAGAGGAAGGUAAAGAUUUUAAGCCUGCCAAAGUGGAGGGCCUUGGGCGUUGGUUGCCGCCUUUCCUUGACACGCCCAGCCGAGGUCGCUCUGCUCAGGCUUUCUGAACUUUAUAUUUGUACAUCAUGCUGUUGCGGUUACUUACCAGAAGCUGUAUCACUAACAAACCUAGACAUUAUGGACAUUAGCGAAUAUCACAGAACAUUGGAGGUUGAAAAACGAGGGUGGUAUAUUACAAAGAUCCUUUACAAUGCGACAACGAAUAGAAACACAGCCAUUGC